ACUACGUAAGGAGGCAAUAUUAAUAUCCCCGUGUGCCAAUCCCAGUCAGUGCGGAUCCCCCACCACCUGCCGCUUCCAGCCCGGAUCACUGUCCCAGCCAGCACAGAAACCGGGGUGAGCCCUCGCCCAGAGCCCGCCAUGCUGACACUCAACCAGAGCAGCUUCGAUCCCAUCACCUUCAUCCUGACUGGCAUCCCAGGCAUGGAAGAGUCUCACACCUGGAUUUCCGUCCCUCUCUGCCUGAUGUAUGUGGUGGCGCUUUUUGCCAACUCGGUCAUAUUCCUCAUUGUCAUCACGGAGCGCAGCCUCCACGAACCCAUGUACCUUUUCCUCGCCAUGCUGGCGGUCGCGGACCUCAUGCUGUCCACGGCCACCGUGCCCAAGAUGCUGGCCAUAUUCUGGUUCAGUGCCAAGGAAAUUUCUUUCGACGGCUGCAUCACCCAGAUGUUCUUUACCCAUUUCAGUUUCAUCGCCGAGUCGAGCGUUUUGCUGGCCAUGGCCUUUGACCGGUACAUUGCCAUCUGCUAUCCCCUGAGGUACCCGAGUAUAAUCACACCCUCGGUGAUCGGGAAAAUAGCUGUGACGGCCGUUGUGAGAGGGUCGUGCAUCAUGUUCCCGCCUAUUUUCCUCCUCAAGAGGCUACCGUACUGUGGACACAACAUUAUGCCUCACACGUACUGUGAGCACAUGGGCAUAGCCCGGCUGGCUUGCGCCGAUAUAACAGCCAACAUCUGGUACGGGUUCACCACCACGCUGCUCUCCUCGGGGUUGGACGCUGUGCUCAUCGCUCUGUCUUAUGUGCUGAUCCUCAGGGCCGUCUUCCGGCUCCCGUCCAAGGACGCCCGUCUCAAAGCUCUCAGCACCUGCGGCUCCCACUUCUGUGUCAUCCUGAUGUUCUACAUGCCGGCCUUCUUCUCCUUCCUCACUCAUCGCUUUGGCCACAGCAUCCCUGGGCACAUUCACAUCCUGUUGGCCAACCUCUACGUGAUCGUCCCCCCCAUGCUGAACCCCAUCGUCUACGGGGUGAGAACGGGACAGAUCCGGGAACGUGUGAUCCGCAUGGUCUCCCAAGUCUGGGGGUUUCACUGCUGCAGUGGAGGCAGGGGAUGUUGACUUUCACAUGUUCAUCCCCAGGCCAACUGAUAUUGAGCGUCCCGGCGGGGCCCGUGCUGGAGCAACGAAACUCGCCAGCAGGUUCCUUCCAAAUGAAACCAAAUUGCUCAGAAGGAGGGUUUCAAGGAAGUGGAAAUCUCUGGUCUUUUCAUGACUGGAGGUUCCUCCCAUGAUGUUUGCUUCUGGUGCUGCAGGUGAACUGCCAGAUGCUGCCCUCCAGCACAGAUCAAAUGAAGACCUUUCGAACAUAGUGAGGACUGCCGAGAUUUCCGUGAAGGUGAACUUCUGCAGACGCACCUUGCACCAUUGUUAGUCUGCCCACCAAGGUCCCCUCUACUCUUUUCCAUUCAUGUGCGGAAUAAUUGAAUGUGCACUGAGACAUGUGCGAAUGUGCACCAGCAAUAGAAAUACAAAAUCCCAUUGGUGCUCUGCUAAUCAGCUGGGCUGGUACUGGUAGUCCUGUGGCACCAAUUAACACAAAUUUAGAGAGUACCAUGUGCUUUCGUGGGCAAACCCCACUUCUUCAGAUGAGUUGGAAGCUGGAAUGGAAAUGACAAGGAACCCAGAAUGUAUAACAGAAAAAGAAGAGGGGGGAAUAAAAGGUUCCUGUCAAUUGUAGGACUGGGACUAAUGAGGCUAAUUGAGCGGGCUAGAAGUGUCCCAUACUUAGCUUUUGGUGAAAACAAGGCGUUAAAUGCAGGGAAGUCUGCUUUAUAAGGUGACAUCCUGUUAAUGUCUUUGUUCAAGCCCAAGGAAACAC